AUGACCAAAAUAUCCAUUGAUCUCGAACGAGACAAUGGAAUCUAUUACGCUGGCGAAGUCGUUCGAGGCACGGUCAAGCUCACUUGCAAGUCUUCCGUGAAAUGUCGGGCCUUUAACAUUCAACUCAAAGGACAGGCCAGAGUUCAUUGGCACACAGGUUCGGGAGACAAUCGGACCGAUUAUUCUGGCUCUACGAUGUUUCAAGAUCAACGAUUUACAGUCCAAGGCAACUUUUUCAAGACUGGCGUCUUUGAUGAGGCUGGCGAAGAUGCCUUCUUUGACAUGAUUCAUAAUUUGGGAGUUUUGCAAAUACCGUGCUCCUCCAAUGAAACACAGAAUAUGCAAAUCAUUGUACGAGCCAUGGAUUAUGAUUGGGGAAAGAAGGACGAUCUGCUGGGUGAAAUUCUAUUGGAUGUGGCAGCACUCGCGCAAUCCGGUGAAAAGAGAAGCUUUCCUUUGAUGAGAAAUGGGAAACCAGGAAAGGGAGAAAUGACCUUGUCGGCCAAGUUUUUGCCAUACGAAGCCAUCUUUCCAAUGAGGACGUCUGCUGGGAUUGCCAUUAGUCGAGAUGUCCAAGAUGAAUACUGUCUGGUACUCAAGGCGCAUCAGGCUACCGGGCUUCGCAAGGCAGACAUGUUUGGACGCAAUGAUGUUUACAUUCAGGCCUAUCGGCCGGAAGACGCCAAGAGCACAGAAAUAAAAGCAGGAAAGAAGCUCCCAGGUCCCCAAAAGAAAAUCACCAUUCCGGCUGGAACUGAAAUUACAGCCCCCUUCGCCUUUACUCUCAGGCACGAUGCACCUCCCUCGGCCGAACUUAGAAUGGGUGACUAUAGCUACAUUCGCUACAAGGUCCGAGCCUACAUUGAUUUGGCCAAUUGGAAGGACCCAUUUGCGAAACGAACCAUUACUGUCAUUCCUAAUCGACCCAUUCCAAUGCCUCUACUGAUACAGCCACACGUGGCCUCUGUGGGACCAGCUCCUCUCUAUUCGUCCUGUUGCAAAUGCGGCAAGAGUGGGGUGGCCACGGUCAAGUUUGAAACGAGUCGGAUCGCAUACGCACCUGGCGAAACUGUCAACAUGGGUCGAUCCACCAUAUUGUACGAAGGAGGCAAGAACGACAUGAAAGCAUACGUUGUUCUCACGGGAUACUACCAACUGUCUACCUACUACAGUACUCAUACGAGUACGCGGGAGUUCAUUUUGGGGACCAUCCCGCUGAUUCCCAACAUGGAAACCAAUCUAGCAAACAGCAACAUGACCUUUCAUAUACCACCAGUCUUUCCAUCCUUUUAUGGUGCCGUCAAGAAACGAGACCGCUUUCUAUAUUCGUGCCUCAAAUGGACCUAUACCAUUGGCAUCAAGGUUGGUGGGGAAGGGUGUGCCACCUCGGUCCAAGCCUUCUUGCCCGUCUUGAUUUCAUCGGCUCCCCCAUACCAAGAAGCUUUGAUGGAGUAUCAAAACAUGCCCCACAAAACUAUAUCUAUUGGAAUGUGGGACAUUUUCAAUCAUGCGGUAGUCGGUCCUGAUUCCGCUUGUACCACGGCUCCUACGAUUACGGGCCCAGAAGAUGGAGGGCAAAUGGUCGCUGUCGGCAUGCCAGUGAAUACAUGGGAGGGCCCGGAAGACAACCAAAAUGUCGGGGAUCAGAAUAGUCUGACGUAUCAACCAAUGGUGACUACCUUUUCUGGACCCGCCGCUCAUACUACCAGUACCUCGUCGUCGUACCAGGAAACAAUUCCAAUGGUCCCAGCGGAACCCAUGGCUCCUCAGGGCUCAUCGGCAGUGGAAUCCUUACUGGACAAGUUGGACAAUGAAUUCGACAAGAGAAUGACAGUAGGCAUUUGGGUCCGAGAACAUCCAUCCCAAGCUCACUUGUUGUCACCGAUUGAUUUCGGAUCCAUCUUGUCCAAGGUCACCUUUUCCUUGGAUCAGCCAUCUGUUGUAGGCGAACUCUUGGCGGCGUUUGAAGGGUCCAACAACUUGACUUGUCAGCAUAUUUUGGCAGUCAUGAAUACGUGUCAGUACCAAAAGACCGAAGUUGCUGCCAUGAUGGCUCCGUACGCAAGGGAUCCAGAGAACAAGGAAUCUGUUUUGGCCAACUUGGACUACUCGUUUGAUCGGAAUUCGGUAUCCGCAAAGUUCCGAUCUUGA